UGUUGCUCUUCAGCGUUGCUGCCGGGCGGAGGCCGACGCAGGCGGCACGCUGAAGGGUGUUGGGGGGGAGAUCCUCCGCGUCCGGCCGCCGCCACUCUCGCUGUCAGCGGGGCGGUGGCCUGCGGCCGGCGCCGGCCUCUCCCCGCCUGGGAGCUGCCGCGGUUUCCUUCCCCGGGGAAGCGAUUCGCGCCAUGCCCCGCAGGGAACGCGGCCGGCUCCGGAGGAGGGAAGCGAGGCAACUACCCCCCAGCUGUGGGGCGAGUCGCUUUCUUCGUUCCCAGAGGGUGCGGAGAUGCGGUGCUGGUCCUGGCUUCUGCAGGCGGGGUUUGCGAAGGUGAAUGUGCUCAUCAGGGGGCCUGGAGAUGCUGGACGCGUAGGGGAAGCGCGAUGAUUCGGAUGAAGGUUUUUCUGGUUUCAUUUCUCGCUCAGGGAUGUGCAGGGAACGGGAAUGGCUCCGUGGACAGGUCCUGCACUUCCUUCUCCUGCAGUGUCCGAAGGUUGGGCUGUUCUAAAGUCAGGCUGAUGCUAAUCUGUAUCAGGAAUGCAGUGACAAAUUUAAGGUGACCUCUGCUCCCAGCAGGUAUAAUAAAAAGUUGGCAUAUGGCGAUAAGUUAUUAUUUUCUAAAGGUCUCUUGUUUCAGUGCUAAGUGUGGAUUUUCCUUUACAGGGAUACAUAAGAGUAGUCAUAUUUGAUCGACUCUCUAAAAACUGCCAAAUUGUUGUCUCAGGAAGAGUAGAGCAAGAUAGUGACCUAAAAUAUUUUGAGUGCUGAGGGGUUUCGGCAGGAGUUUUAGGUAUUGUCUAAGCUUACUUUCAUAAGCUUAACGGUUCUCUUCUUGAGUUUUACAAACUCUCAGUAUUUGUGUAAUCCUGUACUGAGGAAUUCCUAUCUUAACCUCAAACCCUGAGAAGCAAUGCUACCUUUGAUUUGUUCUGCACCUCCCUCUUUCUGAUUUAAGGUCCCUUCAGUGUUUGGUUUUGUGGUUUGGUUUUUUGUUUGUUUGUUUGUUUAAGACCCAAUGAAUAGUUAGUGUCCGUUUACUUUUUAUAAGCACUUGUGAUUCUAAUUAUAUUUACUCUGAGUUAUUAAAAAAAACACAAAAAGCAACACCGAAAAGCUUUAAAUGCUUUCGUUCUUUGUGUCCCUACGGUUGCAACACGUGUCCUGUGCUGGGGUGCGGUGCUCCUUAUGCCACCAUCAUCAGCCAUGUGCUCUUUCUCCCAAGUUUAUUUUUUGAUUUUAAAAAUCUUAUGGGUCUCCUCUUUGUCAGAUGUAAAAUGCAUAGCUUGAAGGCUCUGUUUGGCCAGUUUUCGAGUGUUAACUGCACACAAGCUUUUCUGUAGGAAACUUUGAGACAUGUUUGGUAUUUUAGACUACCAGUUCCGCAAAAAAAAAAAAAAAAGAUGCUCAACAAAAAAAAAAAGGAAGUUCAACAAGGCCAAGUGCAAGGUCCUGCUCCUGGGUCAGGGCAAUCCCCAGCACAGACAAAGGCUGAGGGGAGACUGAGGAGAAGGACUUGGGAGUGUUGAGUGAGGAGAAGCUCCCCAUGACCCGGCUUCAGUGUGCGCUUGAGCCCAGAACCCCCCAUGUGCUGGGCUGCACCCCCAGAGCGUGAGCAGCAGCUCAGGAAGGGGAUCCUGCCCCUCUGCUGCACUCUGGGGAGACCCCCCCUGCAGUCCUGAUCCAGCUCUGGGGCAACAGCACAAGAGGGACGUGGAGCUGCUGGAGCGAGGCCAGAGGAGGCCCCGGAGCUGCUGCGAGGGCUGGAGCAGCUCUGCUCUGGAGCCAGGCUGAGAGAGCUGGGCUGGGGCAGCCUGGAGAAGAGAAGGCUCCUGAAGGGGAGACCUUAGAGCAGCUCCAGUGCCUAAAGGGGCUCCAGGAAACCUGGAGAGGGGCUUUGGACAAGGGCCUGUAGGGACCGGCCAAGGGGAAUGGCUUUAACCUGCCAGAGGGGAGACAGAUUUUCCUGGUAUACACAUUACCCUUCAAAUACAACAGUGGCUUUGUUACAGCUUUUCUUAAAAAACAGAGUGUUUGAAGUGCCAGUGAAUGCCAGGUGAUACAAGAUGACAGGACGAUAGACUAAAAGUUGGCUUUUUUUUUUUUUCUUCACCUUGAAUAAGAAUCAGGGAUGCUUUAGCUGGAUUUAUCAUUCAUCCUGCAAUGUGCUUAAUGCACCUCUUUACAGAACCUCAUGUCUGAGGUAACUGUUUUUUCUUCUUUUAGCCAGCAAUAAUGAAUAAGGCAUUUCCACAAUCUAUAAAAGGUAGGACAGACAUGUUAUUUGCUCUUUAUGAACUGACUGUGAUACUCAUACCUCUGCAUGUCUUGCAUGAAUCCAUGCUUCUGCAUGUGGUUUCAGUAGGAAAACCAAGUUUAAUACUCUGCAGCUUUUGAUUAUGGCAAGAUACCUGUCACAUUCUUACGCUGGUGAUUCAAAUAUCUACUGAAGUCCUGUUUUUUAGCUCCUGGAUGAUUGUGCAGCGACACCUUGAUGUAGUGUUAUUUUACCAGCUUGUUUCUAAUGCUCUUUGGAAAUAUUUAUUAUCCAGUAAACAAUCUUGGGUUCAUAGAAUUUAAGGUCACUGAUAGUUGGUUACUAGUAUCAUUGCUCUCUUAUAAAAUUUGGAGUACAAGUCUCUGUAGUAAGAAUGUUGACGCACUGAGGUUUGUGUGGUUGAGGUGCCCAAAUACCUCUUGCAGACCACUUAGUUUUCACUGUGGUUCCCCAGAGAAUACUGUUUACUUGGUAAAGCUUAUGUUCGAUUCAUGCCUAAAAAAAAAAAUAAAUCUUUAAAUUGGUAAACCAAUUUCAGCCUAAUUUGACAAGGGCAGAGAUUUAAAAAGCAUUAUAUGAAAGGUUUUGGAUGGUUUCUCUUAUUUCUGUGAGAAAACUCUUUGUGCCAAAAGGAGUAAGGCCUUUCUAGCAUUCACACUGAGAGAACAACCAGAGAGAACUCAACUCUUGUUAGGCACCAGUAGUAUGUGCAUGGGUGCUGAACCUGCAGGCAGAGCUCUGCAGAAAGCAAGCUUGCUUGAUUCAGGUGUUCACAUGCAGUCUUGGGCUCCACGGUUCCUGUUGUGCUGCUGAAAUCUGGCUUGGCUCGUUGAUCCCCCCCCUCUGCUGCCACUCAGGCUGUUGCUGUCUGUUUUGUUUCUCUUGCAGGUCAGAAAGCGGCGUGGAAAACUUUGAAAGGCACUGAGACGUCCAAGUAGGUCAUUCGUUGCUGAAGGGUAAUAGGGAUAAGGUCUCCUGUUUAACUUUUUUACUCUUGGCAUACGUUCUAAAAGUCUGGCACUAAAACAGUGGUGAGUAAGCUGAGCUGUUGUGGAAUAGUAACACAGUCUUAAUUAAAUUGCAGAGAGCCCUUUCUCUUUCCUGUCAGGUCUGGCGGCUAAGCUGCACACAUGAAAACUCUUUUCAUUCCUUUGCAUGACUGAGGAUGGUAGCAUAUACUUAGGGCUGCCUUAUCCACCCAAUGCAUUGUUGAAUGUUUCUGCCCGACUUCACUUAUCAUGCAGAUAGAGUGAAUCAUCUCUGGUCCAGUUUUUGUUUCUGGAAGAUGAGCAAUUAAGUCGUUCAGAUUUCUUAACUUCUGCUUCUGCUUGCUUCUGAUAAAGCAGUAUCAGUCUUCUGAGCCUGCAAAACAGGGAGGGAUUGAUCAAAGGUGGUGGCUGAACAGAAUAACACAGCUCAGUUCAGGUGAUUUCAGCUGAACUACUGCGUUUUCUGCUCGGUUUUUGGCCAAAAUAAGGUUUGGCCUACCCAAACUGGAAACAGAGAUAUGGAAGACCUGACAAACUGUGAAAAUGAGGUUACCAAAGAGCAAUAUUAAAGCUAAAAUCUGCCUGACAGAGAGGCAUGUGGUGGUAACGUAGCACGGGCAGAGGCAUAUCCUGUGAAGAAGUAGUUCCUCUGCCGAGAAUUUUUUGUCGUGCAGGAAUUAUAAAACCCAUAAAUCUAGAAAACCUCAGAAGAAUUCAGGUUCAUGUUUCCUCUCUGUUUUCUGUCUCUGUUUUCUCCCUUCUCUCAGUAGAGAUAUUAAAGGGAAGAUAUAGAAGUUUUUUCUCUCCCACAACAAAAAUUUGAUGCAACAUGAAGUUAUUCUGUGAUUUCACUUAUGAUAGCUUUGUGGGAAGAGGGAGUGGAAUCCAAAGAGUUAAUUUCCCUAGCAGAUGUCCAGCUGGGUACAGGAGAGUAAGCUGUCCACAUUAAUGCUACCAGUAGGAUAGGUAAUUAGGUCAGAAUGGGAGCAGCUCUCCAGGUGGCGUCUUGACAUGUCGACUGAAAUCUUGUACAUUCCAAAGGAAAUGCCAGGUGUGCAGGCAGCUGCAGACUUUGCAGCAUCUUCUGAGAAGGAAACUGACCCAGACAGGAAUGCCAGUUUCCUAAUUCAAAGGCAGUGGUGGACAAGAUAGAAAUAACUCUUAUCUACCUAAUUUUUGCACACUUCUUUGUGGGUUGUUUGGUUUUGGGUGGAUUUUAUUUUAUUUUAAUUCCUUGCAGAUGAUUCCCAUUCUGCUGUAACUGCUGGAAUGCUUCACAUUCUGAUGAUCUUCCACUUCAGUUGUAAUGAAAGUUCUUUCUCUGACAGGACUAUGCAACCUGAAUUACCUCUCACUGCUCUUGACUCACUCCUUUCUCUUGCUGAGCAACUUUUAAACUAAACUUGGCUUUGAAGCUUGUGUCCAGCUUUUCUGGUUCUAAAUUCUAAACCUUGGUUUUGAUGUGUUGAUGUGUUAAUCUGUAUUUUUCUCUUUUUCAGUUCUUGUUGCUUGUUUUACAUGGAGUUUUUCUCUCUAAAGUUUUUCCCCAAAAUUCUUCUGAAGCUCACCAAAAAAACCUCAAACAAACUCUAAACCAAUUUUUCUGCUCUUGGUUGUUGGUAUUUUUGUUUUUGGAGUAUGUUUUUUUUCCCAGCAUAUAUUUAUAUUCAAAUAGCAUGCAGUGCCAAGUUCAAAGAUGCUGGAGAAAUAAAAAGAAUUUUCCAUGCAAAUUUUAACCCCAGCUACUUGCUAUCUUAUGAGAGUUUUAUUGCUACGCAAAUUGUUUACAAAAAAGAAUAGAGUCUUCACACAUUUUGAACAAAGUGAUACGUGGAUUUAAUAGAAAAGGUCUGAUGGAGGUAAUAUUGUUUGCUUGGUUGUGGCUUAAAUUAAAAAAAGCUUUGUCUUCCAUAUGCAAAUCUUUAACCAGAUGACACCAGCUCACAACAUGCAGUUUCUGGAGUGUAGGAACUUCUUUCUACUCUUUUCUCGUUUUAAUUUAUCUUAAUUUUUUUUAUUUUGUUUAAGAUAGCCUACUUUAAAGGAGUCCUGCAGAGAAGCAUACUUAAAAGCCUACAAGGUCUUUAAUUAUAUGUGUGUAGUUCAUACUUAGCCUGAUGCUUUGGCAUGUUUAGAUGGAGUUACUUCUUACUGCAAAUGUUGCUCUUCUAAAAUCCAAGCCUUAGUGAGGUAAUUGAAGAUGCUAAUGCUGUGAAAGAGCAUUUGUGUUCCAGGCUUUUUUGUUACCCUACUACUGUUCUCUGACUUGAAAGCUCUAAUGACCUCUCAAAUAAAGGCCCAAGAAAAUAAUCUUUGGAUAGCACUUUGAUUAUAAAUGUUAAAUCAGGUUGAGUCAAGCUCCUUUAGCUGCUGAUGGUAUGGGAUGCGUGUGGCUUUUCAGUUUACCUAUAUAUGAAACUGCCUUUAUUGUCUUAGAAUAUUGGUGGUCACGUGUCAGUGCCCGGUGUGUGCAGGUAGGGGUGCAAUUCUGGGAUACCUUUUCUUUCUGUGAAAAGCUCUGGACAGAAAUGCCUAGAGGUGUAAGCCCUUGAGGGAGCACAUGGUGUGUGUUUUAAAGAGAGAUCUGUUUCCAAGUCUUUGCAAUUUGUGUAUUUCAUAAACUAGGAACUGGGCCUAUAAAGGGUUUUGUGUAUCUUGUUCUCCAGGAGACUUUUGUUGCUAUAGUUGAGUUUUUAUUGCGUGUAUCCAGCUGACUUAGCUCUGCCAUCUCUGUGAUGUCACUUGUUACUGACUGAUCAAAAGAGUGGUCUGCUGCACAGAUAGUUCCUUUGGGAAGAAACUUUUGCUCUGGAAUUCUUGGUCACUACUAAGCGCAGCAUCUUCUAGUAAGUACUGUAGUUGUUUGAAGUAGAGGCAGGAAUAAGCAUUAAAACCUGCUCUUCGUGAUGUGGUCUGGUGGUAUGUUGGCAGCAACAGCAGCGUAUGGUGUUCCUCCCCCAUGAUUCAUUCCCACCAUAUGCUGCCACUGGCAUGGUCGUAGCAACACUGUUGAUGGUGGUACUAUAGGGUGAACUGGAUGAAAAAACUCCUCACCUUUCUUCAGUGUGUGAUCACAGCUGCAGAGGUGGCAUGCUGCAUGGGUGGGAAGGGGAGACAGGGUUUGGAAACUUCUGAAGGGCGCCUCGCUGCUGGAGAGAGUGUGGCAGUGUCUCAGAAUAGGUACUGAUCUGUCCUACAGGGAGAGCAGCAGUAGAGACAAGGUUGGGGAGUUAUGGUUGCAUCUUUAGGCAGAACAGUGUUAUGGUAUUAAAAUAAAUGGUCUCUUUUGUCACUGUUUGCUCAUAGCACUUACAACCUUUGCAUUCAGAAAUAUCCUGUGUUGCAUGUUGCUGGUAACAGUGUUCAAUCUCUAUUAAUAAUAUAAUGCUAAGAAUGUUUAUUUUGUAAUGUUUUAACUAAUUUUAUAUUAAAAGGGACUUCAACUUUGGGGUUUGCAAAAUGCAAGAAAUAUUUCUAAGCCUCUACUUUGAAAGAACUUACCUUUUUUUCUAUAUUUUUUUUUCCCCCCUAGGCUUGUUAAAUGAAAAUCUUGGUGCAAGUGUUCUGGAAUAAUAGAUGCAGUCCUGCUGUCAGCUUUUGCUGGUCAGUGCCGUUCUUCAUUUACUGAUUACCUUUACAAUAUGCAGUUGCAUAUACAUCUCUCUGUUCAUGUGAUGGAGCCUUGAAAUGGGAUGACUGUAGUUUUUUUGAUGUAUGAUGAAAAUCACAUAUAUGCUUUUCUGCCAAAGCUCAAAAGUACUUGCCAGAUUUCAUUUCAGGUGAUUCAUGUUGUUUUAGAGAUGUAAUUCCUGCCAUUUUCAAAAAGGAUGAACUGCUUCUGCAACUUCUUCCUGCUUGUUUUCCUCCAAAUUUUUCCCCUCGUGUGUCCUGCUGGGUCUUUCUGGAGCAAGGUUUCUGCACUGCUUCCCACCACUGACUGGUUUUCAGUAGUGCAUGUGUACAUACAUUGACACUUUCUUAAACAUUGUAUGUUGUAAUGACCACAGUUGAUACCACUUGAGUUGCCUGUUGCAGCUCUGUGCCAAAGCUUAAGUCUGUUUUCACGUAGUACAGAGGAAUCAUGUAUGCUUUCAGUGGGAGGACAGCAGUAUGUGGAUACAGAUAAAGACUUUGUCAAAAAGGACAAAGCUGAGACUUAAAUGGUACUGAGUUGUUGAUUUGUUUCGAUGGCUUUGAGGAAGUUGGAGGGAGGGGGUUCCAUGACUUCUAUAAGUGAAGUACUUCACUAUUGCUCAUUUUCAUAUGUUCCCUUUGCUAUUUUGAAGGUGUUGGAGCUGUGAUCUUUCUAGAAUAUGCAGUAUAGUUCCUCCCACUAUUUGUCUCUUCUGUUUGAAGCAGUGUAUUUGCUGCUGCUUGCAAGUCGAGGAUUACUGAUAGUACCUCAAAGGCAUUUGGGUGAAAAGCCACAUGCAAGUUCAGGCUAGCAGUGGAAGCUCCAGCCUACAACAAACGUACAACAAAUGACUCCUUGUAGUUGUUCCAUGCUGUAUUCAAAGUUCGUGAUGUUCAGGUAAUGAAAGUUUAGAAUGAAUUUAGUUUUAGGCUAUAUCCGUUUGAUUAUCAAACCUACACAUCACGUAUUGGGAAAGGGAUAGGAAAGCCUUUAAGUGUCACAUACCUCCUGUAUGGAACAAUUCCACAGUCUACCUAGGAAGGCUGAUUGCUGAUCUUUCACAGCAUGUAUUUUUCUAAUACUCAGUAUAUUAUCUUUAUUGUAACUCAAGCCUAUUAAGUUCUGCUUGUUCUGCUUCUGAUUAGUGAGAGUAAUCUGUUCUUGGCUUCUUUAGAAAAAAUAUUUAUGUCUUCUAAUCUGGGUACUAUGGCUAGUUAUAUUUCAAAGAAUAACUUUUCUUGUAAAUGCUACUUUCUGAACCUUUUGUCUGGUGUCCUCUAAAUAAUGCAGUUUCUUGAGGUAUGAUUGCUCCAGUGAAUUAUUAUAGUAAACUGUAGCAGUGCAGCCCAGUUUGAUUUAUUAUACAAUUUUUGGACCUUUCUUUGUUUACACAGUAGACUACGUAGCAAGAAGUGUGAAUCCUGGAGGGGGGGUGUGUAUGGAGGUAUGUGUGAACCUACAAAUGACAGAGUAUCUUGUUGCUACGUCUGUGGUCAUGAUCCCUUUCCACUUGCAGGUACCUCUAAGUACUUGUCCCUUAGCCUGUGGGGAAACUGCCUGGCAGUAAGUCAAGGCUGUGGGAAUCUGUCUAAUUUGUAUUUACAUAGUUGGAGUGCAGCCAGUUGUCACUGAGCUCUCAACUCAUUGCAUCUCUGUGUCACUAUUGCCUUUCUAGCCUGCGAGCGCUUCGCAGUUGCUUCUGAGACACUGAGGCUCUGUUUCUGGGUAAAGAAUGCAGACUAUAAAGUGUGUAGUUGUUGGAGAUGGCGCUGUGGGAAAAACUUGUCUUCUCAUCAGCUAUACCACCAAUGCCUUCCCGGAAGAGUACAUCCCUACUGUGUUUGACAACUACAGUGCCCAAAUGACUGUUGAUGGCCGGACUGUUAGCCUGAAUCUCUGGGACACUGCAGGCCAGGAGGAAUAUGACCGCCUGCGCACACUCUCGUAUCCUCAAACCAAUGUAUUCGUCAUCUGUUUCUCCAUUGGUAGCCCCUCUUCCUAUGCAAAUGUGAGGCACAAAUGGCAUCCUGAAGUUUCUCACCACUGUCCAAAUGUUCCCGUUCUUUUAGUGGGCACGAAGAGAGACUUAAGAAAUGACCUGGAAACAGUUAAAAAGUUGAAAGAGCAAAGCUUGGCUCCCACUACCCCGCAGCAGGGGACUUCGCUGGCUAAACAAAUUGGAGCAGUCAAAUAUUUGGAGUGCUCAGCACUGAAUCAGGAGGGUGUUCGUGAGGUCUUUGCUGAAGCUGUGCGUGCAGUUCUGUAUCCUGUGACAAAGAAGAACACAAGAAAAUGUGUCUUAUUGUAGUUACUUGGAGUGAUGGAGGUUCAAAGUUGAAUACUGACUAGAAUCUUGGAGGGCUCUUUAAGGAGUUAAAUUGAAGAUUUGCAUCUUGCACUAACAGCUCUAAGCAGAAAUGUUUUAUGCAACAAAUAUUCUUGCGGUCUUAUUGCUUCAGGGAAAGUGAAAGAGAGGGUUUUUUUCUAGCUGAGAGGUCAAAUAUCUCCUUUAUUUCUAAAGUUCCAGUCUCCAGCUUCUCCAGGGAUCACUUCGCUUCUGUCCUUAUUCUGUGAGGAAAAUAAAAGGAGGUACUUCUUUGAAGCCAGACUUCUUUACUAGAUAGCCAUCAGUUACUAGAUUUGUUGAAAAGCACAGAUUCUGAUAACUUUGCGUUAAGUGUAGCUGCUGCUUUUCCCAUCCCUUAUUUACUGAUCUGUUUUCCAAACAGAAGUCUGACUGUGCAGUUCUUCUGAUUUGUCAAUUUAAAUCUUGAAACAAUUUGUUUACAUGCAAAAAUGCCUGAAAUAUGACUGAGAUUCACCUUAUAGUGAACUGUGAUCAUUUAUAUGAAGAGUUAGCAUAAGGUGUGUUUAAUCCGAUGAGCAAGACCCAGGGAACAGCUGCAGUGAUCUUAUUAAUAGAAGUAGGAGCUGAUUUCUCCUGAUGUAGGGAAUUUAGGAUAAUAAUGAAUCACUCAAAUGAGCAAUUUUCAUACUUUUGAAUCGGGGAGGUGAAAAAGUAGUUUAGAUGCAAGUCUUUCAUAAUCAUCUAAACUGAGUUUUGAUUUCACUCUCCAAAAAGAUUUUGCACCUUGAGAAUAAAGUUCAGUGACCUUCUCAGACUGCCUGAGGUAGUUGCCAUGACACUUCUCAAAACGAGAUUUUCAGUGUGAUCCCUUUGAUGAAUCCCAGAGACUUGAUAGCAGCCCAUUUGCUAUUUGCUCUUGAGGAAUUCAUUGCUUCACUUCUUAAUGUUCUUGGGCCACCACCUGAGAUUUUAACGGUAAAUUGCUGUGUUGCUUUUCUGGGAGAACACUGACAGAAAAUUUGGAGGUUCUGUUUACAGGAACCAGGAACCCUUGUUUCUUCCUGGCAACUCACUAAUGGUUUCAGUUAAAUUUGUAAUGGUUAGUCAGUCACUGGAUAGGUUUACUUGGGCAGUGUUUUUUCUUUCUAGUAGGUGAUCAGUUAAUAUAAACUUUUUUAACUGAAGUUCUAUUUGCAUCCUUUUUUAACUUUCUUUAGCAUCUCUAGCGAGUGGCAGCUGGCUUUUACUUUCAGGGUGUACUGUUCUUUAUGUGUCAUUCCGGGACCAGCUGUGGAGUGAGUGCAUGAAACCUUCCUUAGACUUAACCUUACAGCCUGGUGGUGUGAAAGCAGCAUGCUUCAAAGCUACUUUGUGUGAAACCAAUGGUGCUGGACUGAGCUUUGUUGUCUGAAGUUGACAGUGCUGUCUUUGUCCGGGUGCAGCCUCAAUUGGUAAUUCAGGACUUGCUUUCUUGUGAUUCCCACACAUGUGAAACUGCACUGGUGUAUACCCUGGACAGAAAAAAAGCCUCAUUUUAGCAUGAUAACAGAGAGGACAUCAAGAAGGGUUUAGGGAUCUUGUGUUAAUUUGACCUUGCUUUAUCUGAUACCUGCAAAAAUACCAGGUGGAUAGAAACAUUCGUAUUUGUGCCCUAAUUCCCUUUGAGGAGGAUGUGCCUUUCUUCAGCUGGUGUAACUGAUGCUGACACUAGCUGCAAUUUUUGUGUAUCUAAGAGAUGCUUGUAUUGGUACUGCUUUAGCAAACUGCAACCCAUAGUUUAUAAACUGCAGUUAAUCCAAAUACUGGUAUAUGUGUCUAGAGAACCAAUGCAGAGGUCCAAAUGUUGCCUUAUUGCAAGCAGCACCAAAACACCUGUUAUGUAUGUUUGCAGAAGCUUAGGGACUUUUCUUCACCAAGUGCCAUUGCACCUCUUGCACUCAUGGAAAUGCUGUUGCAGAUGUGGCUCCAGUUGCAGUGCCCUGCAGGCUUGUGAGGCUGUAGUAUUUUAGUUAGGUAACCUCUACUCACCAUGUUCUGCUUUUACUUUAGUAGUAGGCCUUUACUGUGGGCUUGACUUGCAGGUAGUAAUUAACUCUGUGCCUUGUAAUUCAAGAUUAUUUUCUGUAGGUAAAUUUCAGUAACUGAGUAAAAAAGCUUUAUCUUGUUUACAAUAUAUUUAUUUAAGCCAGUGCACAUGGGGUAUUUUUUAAUGCUGGUCAGGCCUAAAUCAACUGUCUAGUUACCCUGGUGCAAGCCCGUUUGCUUCAUUCAGAGAUGUACUUUAAAGUGUUUGUGACAUGUUUGAACUGCUCUUAAAUAGACUUAAUUUCAACAACAGGCACCUCUUAUUUUUUCUUUUUUUUUUCUUUGCUACAUAUAUUUGCAAUUUUGUACUGAAGCUACUACUGUUUUAAAAAGUUUUUACUUUUUUACGUACUGAAAUCUUUUAGUUCUGCAUAUUUUGUGGUUAUUCUGAACUGGAUGACAAUAACUCUGUGGAGAAGAAAUCCUGUGAGCAAGUAUUACUGCACACCCCUCGUGUUCCUGUAGGCUCCCAGAGCAGCCAACCUUGUGUUAACUGGAAGAGAGUAUAUUGAGAUAAAAUUCAUCUACUUAAUCAAUUUAUUCGAAUUGAUUACAUUGUUGAUUGCAUUAUCCUAGAACACUUCAUCCUCAUCUAGCUUACUUACUAAAUGGAUCACACAACAGUAUGGAGGAGAGUAACAUGAUAGUGAUGAAAAUGAGCAGAAAGUGAACUUUGGACACCAUCAGAAACCUUUUACGGACUUUGGAGUACCUCGUUAACAGUUGCUUAGGUGCCAUGUGUUUCUGUCACUUUCUGCCAGGAGCAGAAGCCCUGCUUGGCUGACAGCUCAGCUGGUUUUCUCCAGCCUCUGCUUUUCAUGAGGAAGAGCUUCAGGAGCACACAGAUAAAAUGAGCUUUUCCAUUCAGUGGGCAUUCUCAGUUUGUGAUCUUCCUUUCCCUCCCUGCCUACAAUUCUUGAUGCAUUUUAUUGUGAGUAAUCCAGUGCUUCAGUCUACAAUCCAUUCUGUGCCUCCCACAUGUUUUGUUUUUUUCCAGUGGACAGGAAGCACAUACAGACUUCACACAAUGCCACAGCUGGAUUUUGUCUGGUUUUUGGGAGAUCAGAAAACACAGGUUAAGCUAUGUGGGUUUCCUGUACUAUUCAAGAUUCCUCAGUUUGUUACUGAUAGUGUAUGUCUUAAUUCACAGAAGAGACUCUCUAUGAAGAGACUGAUUUUAAUUUUUCAGUGUGUGAAUGAUUCCUGAAAUGUUUUUUUGAAAUACAGCUGAAGCCAUCCACAGGGAGCCACGCAGUACGGGAGUUGUGUGGCCAGAGGAUGUUAUGGGGUGUGCUUAGAUGUGCAAGUGCUUUCUCCAGUUUACAGCGGGGCUAUUUCUAUGGAACCUAAGGGAGAAGGGCCUCGCCGUGCUCUCACCUAGUGCUGAACCUGGCUCCCGGUGCUGCCUGGGCUGACCGCGAGGAGCCAAUGGACGGAGGAGCGCCCGUCAGCGGCGGGAGCCCAGGACUCCAAGUGUGGUACUGAUACAUACACUGGCGACUUGAUUUUAUACUAUAAAAGAAUUUGUACUACAGCUAACAGUUUUAAAGGAUUUUUGUUGUUGUUGUUUUUAGUUUAAAUUAUGCAGAAUUACGUUGUAAUAAACAUUUCCUCCUCUUUCUGUC